GCCAUGGCUCGUGCUGAGAGGCGUGGCGCUGACACCGAGUCCCUUCCUGGGGUAAAACUCUUUGUGGCGUCCACUGGAUGGCCGUACAAACCAACUCAUUCGCCGAAAUCGCCUCUUGUGGUUUUCACAGGGGCGCACGAGGGACCAUACUUGAAAGAUGGUUUUGGCCAUGUAUGCAGGAGGCAUGCAGAUCUUGUCCGCAAGGUGGCAAGGCCAGAUCAUGACAAUAUCUUCCUCAUCGACUUGUCACAGGUCGGGACAUCUGAGGAGUGGCGCUCUGAGGCCAAGAAUCCAGGGAAGGCAAUGAAGAUGCUUGUGAAAUGGUUUGCGAAGUUCAACUGUAUGGAUGCAACAGUUUUGGUGCAUGGAGAUGAUGCUGGAUUGGUUGCCAACCUGGUGGAGUCUACUAUGGUGGGUGCUUCGAAGAUAGCCAGAGUUCUCCUGCUGUCUGGUGUGGGAGCUGCACCUGUGCAGCGCAAAUUUGUUGAAAGGCUGAGUUCCAUUAGCAUUGAGAUGGUGGAAGCCACACCAAAGGCUGUUGCGAAGGCCUGGCGAGGUCCCGAUGAUGAGGAUUACAUAGAACCAUCUUUGGACAACCUGUACUUCAUGUCGGUUGAUUUUGUACUGGACCCCCGGUCAAAACAGUUGGUGCAAAAGGCGAAGAACAUCACUUCCAUGGUGACAAUGCCCAUCAGUGAUAUCAGCUUGCACAAGGCAGAAGCUGCGAAAGCUGUGGCAAAUUCUCCUUUCGAGGCACAAGGAGUGGUUGGUGCGGCAGUACAAAACGUGCAGACUCACCACCUGAAUUUGGGAAUGGCAUUUACUGGAUUGAUCGUGCAGGUGUUGGCUGUGAUUGCAGAUGGCCCUCCCACGCGCAUGAUGCUCGCCGACACAGUUGGCUGUGUGGAAGCCUUGGUGCCGAAGGAGGUGAAACCUGAGAUGCCUCGAGGGCGUUUUGUUUCUGUCGACGGUUGGGUCACCACUGUAAGUGGUCGAAUCUUCAUUGUCGUGACAAAAGCAACUGCGGGAGCACUGAGGGAAGGUUAUGGAGCUGCCAAACCAGGUCUCCGCAACACUUCUAAGAGAGCUCGGCACUACGGAGUACUGCUGUUGCGUGGCUCCAAAUGCGUAUUGUCUCGCAAGGGCAACAUGGUUUCGGUCCCAUGUGGAGAAGCCAAGAGUUUCGAGACUGCAGAGCAAGCUGCCACGCGUGCUGCUUGCGAGGCUUGCGACAUCUACCCAGACGAAUUUGUUAUUCUUCGCGAUGUUGCCCCAGCAAUAGUGUACGACAAAAGCGGCGGAUCCCCUGUUGUUGCGACUAUUUUUGCCGCGCUGGCCACCAAUCCCCCUCCUCCUGGCAGUGAGGAGUUUGAAUCAGAAGAUGAAGACGACCUUUACGAUUGGUUCCCCUUUGAGCGUGCCAUUGCUCGGUUGGACAGUGCCCAUGAGAAGAAAGCGGUGGCCACCCUUGCAGAAAGUGUAUGGGAAGCAGUCCGUGAAGGCAUUGUUGUUCCGGACUAUCCACUGUCAUUUGGUCCAAAGAUUUCUCCAACACCAGCACCAGAUACUGCGACUCUGUCCUUCCAAGAGUCUGUACCACCACCUUUACCUGUAGAAACCCCAAAGGACUUAGUCCCUGUGACUGUACUAAGUGGUUUCCUGGGUGCUGGUAAGACUACCUUGCUAAAGCACAUCCUUCAGAAUGUAGAAGGCUUAAAAGUCGCGGUGAUCGUGAACGACAUGGCGUCGGUCAACAUGGAUGCUCAGUUCGUUGUGGCCGCAGAUGUGCAGCAAAAAAUUGAAAAGGUUGUUGAGAUGAGCAACGGAUGCAUUUGCUGCACACUUCGGGAGGAUCUUUUAAGUGGGAUUGUUGAACUGACACAGCAGAAAAAGUAUGACUACAUUGUUGUGGAGUCUUCUGGAAUCUCGGAGCCUCUCCCUGUUGCGGAGACUUUCACAUUUGAUGACAAGUCAAGUGGGCUACUGUUGAAGGAUGUAGCUCGCCUGGAUACCAUGGUGACUGUUGUGGAUGGUGCCAAUUUGUUUUCCAACCUUGAAUCCUUGGAGACAACCAAGUCAACCGGCCAAGCAGCCUAUGACGGUGAUGAGCGACAUAUGGCACAGCUUUUGGUUGACCAAAUCGAGUUUGCCAAUGUCAUCCUUGUCAACAAGUGCGACCUCCUGUCUCCGGAACAAGUUUCGGAGAUCAAGGCCGUCAUUUCCCGCAUGAACUCUGAGGCAGGUGUUUUUGAAACAACUCGCUCACAGAUCAGCCUGUCAGCCGUCUUGAACACAAAGCGUUUCACUAUGGACGGGGCAGAGAAGCACGAGAUGUGGCUCAAGGAAGCCCGAAUUGGUGAACACAAAACAGAGACGGUAGAGUUUGGCAUUCGGAAUUUCAUCUACAAGCGACACAAGCCGUUUCACCCAGGUCGCUUUGCAAAGUUGGUGAAUACUCCUGGAGCUCUGUCCAAUGUGCUGCGAGCCAAGGGAUACGCAUGGAUCGCAAGCCACGAGGGCUAUGAGUUUGUUGCAAUCUUUGAGGCGGUAGGUUUCUUGAGGAACCUCCGCCAGGGACAGCCGUGGUGGGCAGCCGUUGAGAAAGAUCUCUGGCCUGAUGGCCUGUGGGAGGAUUUGGAGCCUCUCUGGACUGCACCGCAUGGUGAUCGUGCCCAGGAAAUUGUGCUCAUUGGUAGAUUCGAAGAACCAUCGGAGAUCGAAGCCCAAUUGGAUGCUUGCCUCCUCACUGACAAUGAAAUGGGCUUGGAGAAGUGGAAUUUUGAAGGCCAUGAUCAGCUGCCCUGGCAGAAGUGGGGAGAGGAUGACCACCAUGACCACUCACAUGCAGAUGGCCCUUGCCCUGCGCCAGCUGCAUAGCAUGUUGCCGAAGCACACGUAUUGGAUUUUAUUCUAAUGUGGAUUUGUGCUCAUGAAGGGGAGGCAGGACCCAAGAAGCAGUUAUAAAUUAUCAAUAUGUUUUCAUUUGUUUCAAUGAUUUUAUUUCACGUGGUAAAUUGAUGGGUUUGAGGGUCCCCAGUUUGGAACAUUCAUCUAUAUGCAUAUUGUAGCUACAAGUCUUUUGGAGACUGAAAACGUUUGUCGCUGGAAGGCUUCUAAUUCAAUUGUGUUACCUAGAGAGAUUUCUAGGGAAAGGCCGAACCACAGGCCACACUGCAUUUUUCAAUUGCUUCCAGUCCAGUGUACCACUGGCAGGCAAGCAAGAGGGUAGUCAUUUCAUUCCAUUCGUAGUGAUGCAAGUUUGUAAUCCUGUUGGCACUUUCAUUUGCCUGGGACUCAGUGCACUAACAAGGUGCAGCACUUGCAGCGUGUAGAGGGGAGGGUUCCGAGACUUUAUCUUUCAAGAAGGCCGCCCGCCGCGAGCCAAACGAAAA